ACAAAAAUUAAAUAGAAGGUUGACAUAAAGAAAUAGUGAAGAAUUGGAAGAGUGCAAGAGCAGUGAAAAAAACAGUUCAACUAGUCGAGUUUCAGGAAUGUUUAUAGGAAGAUCUAUAAUAAGUCCAAUUAAGAAUUUUUGGGUGAGACAAAUUUGUCAAUCAUCUAGUCUAGCUGCUAGUGUAACCGAAUCUGUUGGCCAUAAUUUGCAUCCUUAUAAGCCCCCAAGAUAUGUGUUGGCAUCAUUAAGAUCUUUCCCUUCAUUGGAACCAAAAUCAUUUAUAUCAGUGAACUGGAAACUACUAGCACAACCAUUGCGAAGAGAUAUUCUCUGGAAAGCAGUUGUCAUGGAAGCAAACUGUGCAAGAGUAGGUGCAUCAAAUCCACCAAGUCGUUCUCAAAUGGGAUAUUCAGGUAGAAAAUUGCAUGCUCAAAAAGGUACGGGUAGAGCAAGAGUGGGUGAUAAAGGGUCUCCCAUAAGAUUGGAAGGUGGUAGAGCACAUGCAAGAAAUGCUCCAAAUGAUUACUCAACCAAACUACCUUUCAAAGUUUAUACAUUGGCCUAUAGAGUUGCUUUGAGUCAUCAAUAUAAGACUGGCAAUUUAUUCAUAGUUGGUCUUGAUAAAGAGUCAAAAGCUGACAAGAAUCUUCAGUCACCUAGUCGAGAAAAUGAAGUCGAAGUAUGCGAAUUCUUAACUAAUGACCAACUUGCCGCAGAUAAUUUUGUCGAGGCUCACGAUUUCAAAUUAAGAAACGUGUUGUUUAUUGUCAAUGAGGAAAGACCAAAUCUAACCAAAGCAUUUGAAUCAUACAAAAAAUUUAAAGUGAUUGAGUAUGCUAAAGUUGAUGUGAGAGAUCUCCUAAAAGCCAAUCGUGUGAUUAUUGAAUUCAGUGCUUUGACGAAUUUGUUGAAGUUGAUGAAACAUCAUGAACAAUAAGCCUAUGUGACUAUAAGUCUAUGGUAAUAGAGACCUACAAGACAAUAAGGCAAUCAGAUACUAAGGAUGCUAGGAAACUGAACAGGAAAAUAGAUGAUAGCUUCCAUUCACGUGUAAAUAAAUAUUGUGUUUUAUUUAUAUUCUCCAAACUUUCUUCAUUACCAAUUCAGUGAUCAGCUCCACAAAAUAAAG